AUGCAAGCCACGAAAGUCUUCAACUUUCAAGUAGCUGCUGCUGCUGCUGCAUACAGAAACUUCAGCACCAAAGGGGUUGCAAAACCCUCAUCUUGGGCUCUCAUCAAUCGCAAAAUCAAGCACAACACCAUAGUGGAGCAAUGCAGAAACCCCAUGUCCAAGAUUGAAUGGGGAGAAGAGCAAAAGCAUGUUCUUUGUGCCAUAUCUGAGGGAAAAUCUGUUUUCAUCACUGGCUCUGCUGGCACUGGCAAGACCCUUUUGCUUGAAGAAAUCAUCAAGUUUUUGAACAGAUUGCACACCCCAUCUGGUGUUUAUGUCACAGCAUCCACUGGCAUUGCAGCUUGUGCUCUAAAGGGUCAAACUUUGCACUCUUUUGCUGGAAUUGGCAUCUUCACUGAUGAUGAUCCUCAGCAUUUGUUGGAGAGGGUUUUGUCCAACAAGGGUGCUUGCAAGAGGUGGAGAAAGGCUGAGGCUUUGGUCAUUGAUGAGAUCAGCAUGGUGAGUGCAAAACUCUUUGAUAACCUUGAUUAUGUUGCAAGAGGGGUAAGGGGUGUGAAUGAAACCUGGGGAGGGAUUCAACUUGUUGUGAGUGGUGAUUUCUUUCAGUUGCCACCUGUCAUUGACAAGGAUUCUAAAAGUGUGAAGUAUGCAUUUGAAGCUGAGUGUUGGAAUAGCAGUUUUGGUUUGCAGGUUGAGCUCAAAAGGGUGUUUAGACAAUCAGAUUAUGGACUCACAAGGUUGCUUGAGGGUAUAAGGAGAGGGGAGAAUGAUCGACAAGAUUUGGAGUCCCUAGAGCAUUUGUGCUUGGGGAAUGAUGAGUAUGAUCCUUGUGUUGUGAAUCUUUUCCCUUUGAAUAAAGACGUAGAGAGGGUGAAUGAGGAGAGGCUGAGAAGUUUGCAAAAGGAUGUUGUUGUUUAUAGAGCUGUUGAUAGUGGUAAAGGGCAUUGGAAGGGGCAGCUUAGUUGUGGGAUAGCACCUUAUGAAAUUUCUCUUUGUGAAGGUGCAAGAGUUAUGUUGGUCAAGAAUUUGGACACUGAGAAUGGAUUGGUAAAUGGGGCUACUGGUGUAGUUGUUGGAUUUUCGUGGUCCUUUGUUAAGGGUGAAGAUCUUGAUGGAAUGUGUAGUGAUAAAGUGUUGCCAGUAGUGAAAUUUGAUGCAGGACAAUUCAUGACAAUUAAACCAGCAACAUGGGAUGUAAUGGAUGGACUUCAAGUUGUUGCUUGUAGGAAGCAGAUACCACUUAUAUUGGCAUGGGCUAUGAGCAUUCACAAGUGCCAAGGAAUGACUCUUGAUAGAAUUCACACUGAUCUGUCUAGAGCAUUUGGUUGUGGCAUGGUGUAUGUGGCACUUUCUCGGGUUAGAAGCUUGGAAGGACUUCACUUAUCUGCUUUCAAUAGGUCAAAGAUUAAAGUGGACCAAAAGGUCUCGAGCUUCUACAGGAGUUUGGCUUCAGAAAAGAGUACGGAGGUUAUGGUUGUUGAUAAGAGCAAGAGAAAAGUUCACUCCAAAAGAAUCAAUGGUGUCUCAAGAAAAGUGAGUAAUGGCAGAGCAAAGUACAUGUCCUGGUUUUGCCAAAGGAAAAUGAAAAAAGAGGCUCAAUACUUUGUUGUAAUUCUUCUUAUUAUUGCAAUGUCAUACUAUGGUCUUGUUUGA